AGGGUUUCACAGGAAAGUGUGGCAUUCACGACCCAGCGCUCAUGCAGUACAGACCGUCCACAGCCUGAUUGCCAGCCUCCGCUGCUCUGGCCAGAUCCCAAACACACUCAGAGAGAGAACGAGAGAGAAAGAGAGAGAGGAGAGCAGAUGUGGUGAGUGUGACAGAGGAGGGAACAGUUAGGUGAACUCUAAAGGGGAAUCCUGAGAGCAGAAAGAAAGGCUAGUAAGGACACAGAACUUUCCAGUGCUUGUAUCCUUUCACAUUCCACACUAUUUCACCACAUUCUCCAGAUUUUAAAACAUGGAAGUGAUUGAAGACAGCCAUCUGCACCUGGAGGUGCCUGACCCGCACAAAUCUCUUACCGAGAUCUCAGAAGAUGAAAUCAACCUCCCAGCCUCUGAUGAUGAAGAUGAUGCCAUUGCAGAGAACAAAGAAAAAUCUGCUGAUGAGAAGGAAGAGGCAGGUGAAGGAGACAAAGGUGAGAUGAAUGGAGUCAUGGUCCUGGCGUUGCUGGACAAAAUCAUUGGGGCCGUGGACCAGAUCCAGCAGACGCAGGCCGGGUUGGAAGCCCGUCAGCGGGAGAUGGAGAGAUCAGUGACGGGCAUCCAGGGGGAACUCACCAAACUGUCCAAGAGCCACACCACCACAGCCAACACGGUCAAUAAGAUGCUGGAGAAGGUGCGGAAAGUCAGUGUGAAUGUGAAGACGGUCCGGGGGAACCUGGAAAAACAGGCCGGGCAAAUCAAACGCCUGGAGAGCAACGAGAACGAACUUCUGAAGAGAAGAAACUUCAAAGUCAUGAUCUACCAGGAUGAAGUGAAAAUACCUUCAAAAGUCAAUGUGGCCAAGUCCAUGAAGUUUCCAGAGCCUGUGGAAGGAGAAGCUGAAGGUGAAAACAAAGCGGCAGCAGAAGAAGGAGGAGAAGACAAAGAAAAAGUCAAUCUGGACCUGUCCUCUGAUGAAGAGGAGGUGGAGAUCGAGGAAACGAUUGAAGAGUCUCGAGCAGAGCGUAUCAAGCGAAGCAGCCUGCAACGCGUCCAAAACAUCAAAACUGUUUUCUCCAAAGAAAAAAUGGAGAAAACCAAGCAAAAGACCAAGGAGAAUCUGGAGAAGACCAAACAGAAGACCAAAGAGAACUUGGAGAAAACUCGCAUGAAGACCAAAGAGAACUUGGAAAAAACCAGACAGAAGACCAAGGAGAAUCUUGAGAAGACCAAACAAAGGACCAGGGAGAACCUGGAGAAAACACGUCACAACAUAGAGAAAAAGAUGGGCAAACUGGGUAAUCGGAUGUCAGUGAACCCCGAGCGCAAGGAGAAGAUGAAGUCCUCGCAGAAGAAGAUGAUGAAGUCUUUCACUCCUGACCACACCAUCUAUGCUCGCUCCAAAACGGCUGUCUACAAGGUCCCGCCGUUCACCUUCCAUGUGAAGAAGAUCCGUGAAGGAGAAGUGGAGAUCCAGGGAACCGAGAUGGUGGAAGUCGGUGGGGAUGCAGAGGAAGUGGAGAAUGCAGUGAUGGAGGGAAGAGAAGAUGAGGAGAUGGAGAUGGAAGGUGGAGAGAUGGUGGAGGAUGACGACGAAGAGACAGAAGAUAGCCCUGAGAUGAGAGCGCUACUGGAGAGGGGAGAAGACCUGGUGUUAGUGGAAGACAGAGAUAGCGAUUAGUGUUUGUGCGUGUUUUUGGGUGCUUACACAAUAGAGAAGCUUAUAAAGGAUUUGGUAGGGCAGUAUGAAAGGCUCAGUUUGAUAUGAAAUGUCCAUACAUAAAAUUUGAUUUCUGAAAGCUCAAUUCUCUGAGAUUCUAAUCAAUGAACUGAUGCCUAAAGGUUUUGUUGAGGUUUUGUUUGUUUAUCAGAAACAUCAGUUUCGCCAAACCCUGAAUAUUUUCUUCUACAUCUUCACAGAGCACCAUCUCCAUUAAAGUGUUUUCAGCAUUCUCUGACAUAGCAUAACUUCUAGUGUGUAGGCGCCUUGAGCGUGUGUGCAGUACCGCUAGUCCAGAUAUUGGAUUAUGCAGGAGAAUGUGAAUGUUUCUGUUUGCAUGUGUGUAUUUGCAUCUUUUCUAUCAGCAGAAUUUUUCAAAUUUAGGGUGACUCUAUUCACCCAAUGUAUAUGUGAGUGAGAUAUUUACUGUACUAGUUCAAGGAACUUAGUUCCUUGAGUUUAUCUUGUUCGGUAAGAUUAGGCGUGCCAAUCAAUAAGAUGCAACAUGGUUAUCUGGGAACAUUUUUGUGCUAGAUGGAAAGGAUGAACAUAAAAUUGCAACUCUAUGACACAUGAUAGACUGAUUGCUUGAUCUAAUGAACAACAGACUUGUGGGCAGGUAGGUAUUUUGUUCUAGAAGAUAAUUUGGUCACACUUUAUAUUAGCUGGCCUUCACUACAUUGAAUACAUGCUAUACCAUGUAACCACAUUUCCCGCUUAUUAGUUUGGGGUGUGGUUAGGUUAAGGAGUAAGGGUUGGGUUACAGUUUAGUGUAACUGCAAAUGAAAUGAUAAAUAUAUUGUAUCAAAGUGUUAAGUACAUAGUAGUUAAGGCAAUCUAAUAUAGUGAGACCAAUUAUUUUCCUUCUUGUUCUAGUCUCACAUGUAGAGCUACAGACUGUGCUUCACUUUUCAUAGAAGGUGGAGGAACAAACCAAGAUAAGAAAACCUGAAGUAUUGCUUCUAAGUGCUUAUUUUUAUAUAUCUUUUAUAUAUCUUAGAAUUGAAUGAAUAUAGUUGCAUUUCUGUCAACAGUUACAUUGAUUAUUUUUUGUCUCAAUGUGAUAAUUACACAAAAAGUAAAUAGUAUAAGAAAGACGAAUAUGAAGCCACAUUGAAACGUCAAAAAGGAUAAUUCUACUACAUGUUUUUGUCCUUUUCCAUCAUUUUUACUGGAAAUCAUUGAAACGGAUUAUAUAAAGAAGUAUAAAUGUCUAUAAAAUGAUCCUCAGAAUGGCACUGCAGGCUUGCUCAACAUAGGAACCAGUGCUCUUUUUGUGUAACAUUUGCACGUCCCCUAGUGGACGUGUGUAGUAAUGUUGUAAUAGGCCAAUGGGCAAUGAAGCCUUAGCCUCAGUUACUGACCUAAGAGCACAAAAGUCACAGAGAUAAAGAGAAACAGGUAUGAACCGAAAAAAAAUCUACAGCUAAUGUCAUCAGCACCUCUAGUUUUAAACGAAACACGUAUAAAUGCAUAAUAAAUCACUGCUAUUACUUAGAGCACAAUCAUUUCUCAGAUGUGUUAAUUUCAAUCUCUUCAAUGCUCAGAUAGUAUAAUUUCAACAAUUGCAUAAUCUUUGCAAAAUCUUUACUCUGCUUCAAUCAUAGUUUCUUUUUAGUUUGUUUCAUUUUUUUUUUUUUGCUUGUGUAGCUGAAGAUGCAUAUGAAUAUUCUCUUGUAAUGUCACAGUCUUAACCACUAAUGUGUUAAUAAAAGCAAUCAUGCUUCAAA